AUGGGAAGGGGUUCUUUGGUUCGGCAGGGUCUAAGAAGGGAUGAGAUUUUGCAAGGGCUUUGCCAUUUUUCAGCUAAGUUGCCGAUCAGUAAGGAGUGGAGCAAGGCUUGGGCUAGAGCUGGAGCUGCGUCUUCGGUGCUUAAAAGGUCUUGGCAUUUCACUUGUGUCGACAGGGCCUUUUUGAGCUUAUUUCGUGGUGGUGCAAACAAGAUGUCUGAAAGUUCAUAUAGAGAAAGUCAUGACCCCCUUGCCUUUGGUGGGGAAGAUACUGAGAGUGAAGAGCCCAGUGAAUAUGUUUGUUAUGAAGUAGAUUCCCAGGAGGCCGAAUACAGAGAGAUGCAGAGGAAUUACAAAGUGUUAAAGGUUGUGGCUAAUCGGGUUCUAGCCUUGCCUCAUACACCAAAGGUGGGCUCGAGCAAUCAGGCAUCACCAUCAGGGUCUGUGGGUAUAGCCGUGGCUUUAGCUUCAGAGGGGGUGGACAUCCGGUUGGCUGAGCUUCGGACAAAUUAUAGUGUUCCACCCUAUGUGGGUUUGAGGUUACCCACUGCAGCUGAUGUGGUCAGAUACCCUCCGGAGGGUUCAAUGAUGUUGGCCAAGCUAGGGUAUGCGUCGGGGCAGUAUAAUCCCAACUUUUGGCUUCUUCUUCAUGGGGUGUAUAUUGUUUGGUGGUUGGUUGGGUUGGGGGAACCGACAUUUGAGCAGUUUAUGUAUCUCUACUCGAUCUCCAAGCAACAGGGAAGUUUCGGCUGGGUACAAGCCAAUUGCCGAAAGGCAAAUGAGAGGGGUUACUUCAUUGGUCACAAGCCUUCUACUCAGAAGUCUUGGAGAAACAGGUGGUGUUUGGCUUAUGAGUGUUUAUCUGCUUUAACUCUUGGUUCUUCCACUUUUGCUGUGCAAUGGGGGCCAAUCUCCAAGGAGCAAGAAGACGAGGAUGAGAGGGUGAGGUCACUGCUGUCAGAGACCAAGCGUGAGUGUAAAAACCUAGUCACUCAGAAGAAUCUUCUUGAGUUCGACCUUUUGCAAGGGAUGAUAGGUAUUAUAAAGGGAAGCACAAAGGUGGCUGUGGAUCUGGAUGAUGCCGAGAUGCAGAAACAGCUUAGGGAGUCUCGGGCGCAAAUGGCUGGGAAGGGGGUUGCCAGGCAAGCAACUAGGAAGCGUCCUAGAGAUGACGAUGAAGGCCUGGUUGCCGAUGUGCUGGGAAAGAAGAGAGCACUGGAGGAAGCUCACUGGAGUGUGAUGGGGACAGGGCCGAGGCUUCCUCCCUUUGACCUGCAGGCGCCGUCGAAGCUCCCCUUGGGCAUGGAGGACGUUUAUGUUGAGGGGGUAGAGAAGAUGGACUUCUCCAGGCUGCGUCGGCAGAAGAAGGAGGUGAACCUGGCCAUGCAUCGGUAG